UCAAAACGACGACUUCGGACGAAAUUCUCAAGGAAGAUGAACACGUCGUGCGGCAGUAUCGCCUCCAUGUCAACUGUCUCGUCGAUGGGCACGUCGAUUGGUCAAAGCGGGACCCCCUUCACUCCCGACUUGUUGGACGGUGUCGAUCACGAGACGUUUACGGCCUACUGCUGCAGUCUGUUGUCGCGUCAUUUAGAUCUCUGCGACGACAAGCUACAGCAGUUGCUGGAUGAGGGUAAAGAGCACGUGUCGAAGAACGCGGCGACAAGUUUGAGGAAACACUCUUGGGGAUCUAUUUUCUCGAGGAAGAAUUCGCAGUCAUCUGGUGCACCUUCCAGCUCACAGAAGUUGUUUGGAGCUCCGCUUCCAGAGCCGAACGGUCCUACCAAGAUCCUUCAACUUAUUGAGUCACUCAAGAAACAUGUGUGUGUGGACGGAUUAUUUCGAGUGUCAGGGAGUAAACGUCGUACCGAUGCAUUGAAAGUGCUUCUGUCUGAGUCUGGAUCACAUCCUGUGCAUCUGCUUGAUCUCUCCGCUGUGGAGUCGGAGUACAAUCCUCACGAUGUGGCGUCUGUGGUGAAGUGCUACUUUGCUGAACUGCCGGAUUCAAUUCUUUUAUCGAAGCAUUUUCUGGCUUACGAGCAAAUCAAUGAUUUGAGUGAUGCAGCUAAAACGGAAGUAAUACAGCUUCUACUCUUGCUGCUGCCUCCUGUCAAUCGUCUGACUCUCGUCUCUCUCUUUCAACUACUUGGUCUCAUCGUCGAUCAUCAACAAGAAAACAGGAUGGGCUCUCACAAUCUGGCAGUCGUAUUGACGCCGAAUUUAUGUGGUCACAGCAAGGGAUGUUCGUCUUGUCAGUCGGCCAUUACUGUUAGUCAUAUGACUCCAGCAGUUCAACAUAUGAUUGAGCAUUUUGAAGAGAUCUUUCAGAUACCCAGUGAACUUCUAAUACAACUGAGAAUUCAGUCGACACGGAAAGCCAACGGUCAAGAUGACGAGAUACCAGUCAUGACAUCUAGUUACUGCAAGCAAGUGUCAAUGGACGAGUAUGAACAGAGAACGAAACAGACAACACAGAUGGCGUUAGCUGCACUUUAUCACAAAAUUCAGGAUAUGCCCGAUGGCAAGUCAAAGCAACAUUUUACAAAACGCCUCAACGUCGGUAUGCCAGGCACGCCUCCAUUUUUACCACAUGCUAGACAUCGUCGCCCACUAGAAGAGUACAAUCGUGACAUUGUUCCACUCAAGUGGUCACAUGUGAAAGAAGCUCCCACAUCAUCAGAUAUUGAGCAAAUGGACGUGUCGAUGUCACUUGUAUGAUUUUAUCACACACUUUUCUGCAAUGUUGUAAGCCUUUCCCAGUGCAGAGUUUUUCCUGGCCGUAGGUAGUUCCCCUACUACAAUGUAAUUAGUUAUACACUGUAUGUAUCACAGAUGCCACUACAUGCAUGUUAGUGCAUCACAUGUCGGACAGUGAAGAUUUUAUACUUGACAAAGAGUACGUCUUAAGAUCAGAUCUUGUUCGGAGCAGUUGAAUCGUGGUGUAGACAUUUUACACGUGGGAGUCUAUAUAUUCAAUUUAAAUGU